GCGUGCUCGUUCCCGUGCGCGCGCGCGCGCUUUUUUCAAUCCUCUUCUGUCUUCUUCCCUCCUUUCGGUUUGUGUCUUCUUCUUCUUCUUCUUCUUCCUGGAGAGAGGGGCGAAGAGUGGCAGCCAUGAGCCUCUGGGUGGACAAGUACCGCCCUUCCUCCCUUAGCAAGCUGGACUUCCACCGGGAGCAGGCGGCGCAGCUCCGGAACCUGGUUCAGUGUGGUGACUUUCCACAUCUUUUAGUAUAUGGACCAUCGGGAGCUGGAAAAAAGACAAGAAUAAUGUGUCUGCUGAGAGAGCUGUAUGGAUCUGGAGUAGAGAAGCUGAGGAUUGAACAUCAGAUCAUAACAGCACCAUCUAAAAAGAAAAUUGAAAUUAGUACUAUUGCAAGCAACUAUCAUCUUGAAGUUAACCCAAGUGAUGCAGGAAACAGUGACCGUGUUGUUAUUCAGGAAUUACUGAAGACAGUAGCACAAUCACAGCAACUUGAGACAAGCACACAGCGAGACUUUAAAGUGGUGCUGUUGACAGAGGUAGACAAACUGACAAAAGAUGCCCAGCAUGCAUUGCGACGGACAAUGGAGAAAUAUAUGGCUACAUGCAGAUUAAUUCUUUGUUGCAAUUCUACUUCAAAAGUCAUUGCACCUAUCAGAAGCAGAUGCCUUGCAGUGAGAGUGCCUGCUCCCAGCAUUGGAAAUAUCUGCAACAUAUUGUCUAGUGUUUGUAAGAAAGAGGGUCUAGUUCUUCCUCAAGAACUGGCUCAGAGGAUUGCAGAAAAAUCUGGCAGGAAUCUCCGAAAGGCUCUUCUGAUGUGUGAGGCUUGCAGAGUACAACAGCUUCCUUUUACUCCUGAUCAAGACAUUUCUGAGACAGACUGGGAGGUUUAUCUGAGAGAAACAGCAAAUGCCAUUGUUAGUGAGCAGACACCACAGAGACUACUUGAAGUUCGUGGGAGACUUUAUGAACUUUUAACACAUUGCAUCCCUCCAGAGAUUAUAAUAAAGGGUCUUCUGACUGAACUUCUGAACAACUGUGAUGGGCAGCUGAAAGCAGAUGUUGCACAGAUGGCAGCUUUCUAUGAGCACCGAUUGCAGCUGGGCAACAAGGCAAUUUAUCACCUUGAAGCAUUUGUAGCUAAGUUCAUGGCACUCUAUAAGAAGUUCAUGGAAGAUGGACUAGAAGCCAUGAUGUUUUAAAAUGUGAUUUGGAGAACUCACAGGGUCUGUUACGUUAACAGGUUUGCUAACAGAGCUGUACAAACUGCAGGCCACAGCUAUAUUACUGUAUUUGAUAAUAAAAUAAUGUAUGUCAGAUUUCAA